AUGCACACGCACCGCCGCGCCGCGCUCCCCGCCAACUCCACAAUCCUUAUCAUCGGUGCCGGGGCAGUCGGUCUCCUCUGCGCAGCCGUCGCCAAGGCGAAUGGCCAUCGCGUCAUACUCUCCGAUAUACAGCCCCUCCGCAUCGAUUUCGCAACAAAGAACGCCUUCGCCGACUCGAGUUUCGUCGUCCCGCUCACGCCCCGUGGGGAUGUAGCUGCGAACCUCGCGACGGUAGCGAUGAUGGCGGGUGAGCUGAGGGAGAAGGCGAAGGAGUUGGGUGGGGUGGUGGAUACGGUUAUGGAGUGUACAGGUGCGGAGGCGAGCUUGCAGACUGCGAUUUUGGCGGCUAGACCGGGCGGGAAGGUCAUGCUUGUGGGUAUGGGGACGCCGGUGCAGACGCUGCCGGUGUCGGCCGCGGCGCUGCGGGAGGUGGAUUUGUUGGGUGUGUUUCGAUAUGCUGGGUUGUAUCGGGAGGCGGCGGAGUUGGUGAGUGAGGGAAAGAGUGGGCUGCCGGACUUGACUAAUAUGGUUACACAUAUUAGUCAAUACUGGGUUUGGGGGCGUGAAGGACGCGUUUGCUAUUGCCGGGCAGGCAGUGGAUAA